UCUGUUUCACAUGGGCAAAACUGGUGUCACAGUCACCUGAGGGAGAACAACUGGCUCUGGCUCUCAGAGAAAACAAGGACAGAUGGCUCCCAGCACUGUUUUCAUGGAGCCCGACAACCUGCUGACACCAAAGGAGAAAAACAAACUGAGGAAGCCGGUGGUGGAGAAAAUGCGUCGUGACCGGAUUAACAGCAGCAUCGAGCAGCUGAAACUGCUCCUGGAGAAGGAGUUUCAGAGACACCAGCCCAACUCCAAGCUGGAGAAAGCUGACAUCCUGGAGAUGACUGUCAGCUACCUGAAGCAGCAGAGCCAGCUGCAGAUGAAGACUGCAGGAUCCUUCCAUAAAAGCUCUCAGUUCGACUUCAGAGAGGGCUACUCUAGGUGUUUGCAAGAAGCUUUCCAUUUCCUCUCUCUUCAUAAAGUCCGAACUGAAACACAGACCAAACUUUUAAGCCACUUCCAGAAGAGCCAGUCAGCUGCUACGGAGGUCUCCUUUUCCCCUGGGAACCCCAGCACCCUGAAGCAAGCAUCUCCGAAAGAUGCCAGUACUCUCUGGAGGCCCUGGUAGUUGGGGGAGUCCUUACUUCAUGGACCUCUGCCUUUUACAGUCCAGAGGAAGGAUCUGACUGCAUCUGAUAGUCCAGCUCUGAUCCUCUCUCCUGUAGGGAAUUUUAUUUCCCCGUGUAUUUUAUUUAUGUGUGAAAGGAAUGCCAUACUUUUGACUUUUACAGGAUCCUUUGGCAAAAGUUCAGGCAUUCCGUUGAGUGGUAUUGAAGCUGUGUAGAUACUGCUGAUAACAGUAACACAGCAUGCUGCCCAGUCAGGGGGUGAAUGUCUUCAAAAUGAAGGAGGGUAUUUUUGUAAAUGUUACAGUUGUGACGGACAAGAAUUGCUGUAGGAGAGAUUUCUCUCGUAUUGCUUGUAAGAGCCAUCAGCUUUGCUCUGGCUUGACUAGUGGCACUUGUUUGCUCAGUCACUCCAGAGGAUAAAUUUACUACCCUUUGGUUCAUGCACACUUGAUUAAAAUCAAUUUCCCUCUGUUUGCUUAUAACUUCUACAGCAUCAAAGAUGGGUUUUGUUUUGUUUUGGACUUUUCCCCAAUGACCCUUUCAUAGUCCUAGUAUAUAAAGUGUGAUGGAUGAACAGAAGCUAGGAAACUAUGUGGAAUAUUUCUACUGUUUUGCUGCUUUUUUCAAUUUAGAAAAAGAGUAUGUUACUGCUUUAUGUUAAAGAAAAGGUAGUAGGUAAAAGGCUUGAUUUGUCAAUGUUAUACAUUCUGGGUGUAAGCUAUGCUUUUUCUAGCAUUUUCAUUAUAAUAAUGAUUUUUGUCUGUUUUGAGUGAUUUAAUUCAUGGUGGAUAGUGUUUCUCCCACUACUGGGACAGCCCUAUGGCUUACAUGCAUACUAUGUAUGCGUCUCUGUGUUUGUAGAGAGCAAUAAAAUGCAUUUGUGUGCAA